AAAACCCUGACUACAAACCAACACAACAAAGUCUCCCCGAGUCACAAAUUUCAGACCAGAGAGCAAACAAACUGGAAAAAUGGCAUUAGGGUUAAGAGCAAUAAGCGGCGAGCCAGUAAUCGACACAGAAAACGGCGAAGAAUUGAAACGUGUCCUACCUGGUGUCGACAUAGCCCUCGCUAAUCUUCCUCGCGAAUCCCCUGGAACUCUUUACAUCACUACCAAGCAAGUGAUAUGGGUUAGUGAUGUGGAUAAAUCUAAAGGAUACGCUGUUGAUUUCUUGUCUAUUUCUCUUCAUGCUGUUUCUAGAGAUCCUGAGGCUUACUCUGCUCCUUGUCUCUAUACUCAGAUUGAAACGGAGGCUGAUGAGGAUCUCAAUUCCGACGACUCAGAUUCAGAAUCCAAUCAUGUUCUUGAUUUAUCAAAUGUCAGAGAGAUGAGGCUAAUUCCAUCUGAUCCAACUCAGUUGGAUUCUCUGUUUCAAGUAUUCUGUGAGUGUGCAGAGCUUAAUCCAGAUCCAAACAAUGAGGAGCCAGAAGAAGAACAUAAUUGGAUUUUCAGUGCCGAUCAGAUGGAAGAUGAAGAAGCAGAGGAUGAAGGUUAUUUAUCUCAUAACCCUACCAAUACUCUUGGUCAUUCAAAUGGACAUCAUGACCUUGCUCGUAACAUCCUUGAGCUUGAAAUCAAUGAUGAACGAUUCGAGGAUGCAGAAGAGGCUGAGCAUGAUGGAGAUAAUACCCAUCAUCAUUGAGUGCAUGCAUUUAUCUCAGAAUAGCAUACUCUAGGGUUGUCUAAAAUUCAUAUCAGCUCUCUGUUCUGUAACUUUCGGAUUUGUACAUGUAAACUAUUUGAACAUCGACUAGAUUCAUGGUAGUUAAGUUUAGCCUUUCUCUUUUUCUUUUUUAAUAUAAGUAGAAGAAAGCAGCUGAAUCUUUCGAUUUUCUAGUUAUUUUUAUUGUAAAGAGAGAAUGGUAUGGGAUGACCCAUCUGUAUGAUACCACCAAGGAUUUAUCUUUUUUAUUUUUAAGUUGCAAGAUGAAAUUGAAAUGUUUAAGAAAA